AAUGUUCUUUUCCCCCUAGGGAGAGUUGGUGAGGAAGCUGAAGGAAGAGAAGGCUCCCCAGGUUGACAUAGACAGAGCAGUAGCAGAGCUCAAAGCUCGGAAGAGGGUCCUAGAAGCAAAGGAGCUGGCCUUACAGCCCAAAGAUGACAUUGUGGACAGAGUUAAGAUGGAAGACACUCUCAAAAGGAGGUUUUUCUAUGACCAAGCCUUUUCUAUUUAUGGAGGAGUCAGUGGUCUGUAUGACUUUGGGCCUGUUGGGUCUGAAGCAGGAGUGAGCCUGCAAUUUUUGAAGGAUUUCACUUUGAUAAAGGUCUGUCCACUAAAAUCGCACAGACCUGGGGCUGUCUGGUGGCAACUGUCACAUUCCUUGUUGUCUGUCACCUCUUCUAGGACUUCUGGCCAUGUAGACAAGUUUGCUGACUUCAUGGUGAAAGAUGUGAAGAACGGGGAAUGUUUUCGUGCUGAUCAUCUCUUAAAAGCUCACCUGCAGAAACUGAUGUCUGACAAGAAGUGCACAGCAGAGAAAAAGGCAGAAAUGGAAAAUGUUCUAACACAGUUGGACAAUUAUGGCCAGCAAGAGCUUGCAGAUCUCUUUGUGAACUACAAUGUGAAGUCCCCUGUCACUGGGAAUGACCUGUCCCCUCCUGUUUCUUUCAAUCUGAUGUUCAAGACCUCCAUUGGGCCUGGAGGAAACAUGCCUGGCUAUCUGAGGCCAGAAACUGCACAGGGAAUAUUCCUCAACUUCAAACGUCUGCUGGAGUUUAACCAAGGCAAAUUGCCUUUUGCUGCUGCCCAGAUUGGAAAUUCCUUCAGGAAUGAGAUCUCACCCCGCUCCGGCCUUAUCAGAGUGAGGGAAUUCACCAUGGCAGAAAUUGAGCACUUUGUGGACCCCAGUGAGAAAAACCACCCCAAGUUUCAGAACGUGGCAGAUCUCAACAUCCUCCUGUACUCGGCCAAGGCCCAGGUCAGCGGGCAGUCUGCGCACGUCAUGCGGCUGGGAGACGCUGUCCAGCAGGGUGUGAUCAAUAACUCGGUUCUCGGUUACUUCAUCGGCAGAAUCUACCUCUUCCUCACGAAGGUCGGCGUCUCCCCGGAGAAGCUGCGCUUCCGACAGCACAUGGAGAAUGAGAUGGCUCAUUAUGCCUGUGACUGCUGGGAUGCAGAGUCCAAAACCUCCUAUGGUUGGAUUGAGAUCGUUGGCUGUGCUGAUCGCUCCUGCUAUGACCUUUCCUGCCAUGCCCGCGCCACCAAAGUUCCUCUCAUAGCUGAGAAGCAUCUCAAAGAACCUAGAACAGUCAACAUUGUUCAGUUUGAGGCAAAUAAGGGAGCCAUUGGCAAAGCUUACAAGAAGGAUGCCAAGGUGGUGAUGGAAUACCUUUCCAUGUGUGAUGAGUGCUACAUCAGUGACAUGGAGCAGCUGCUCAACGAGAAAGGGGAAUUCACUGUUGAAACUGAAGGGAAAACUUUUCUAUUAACAAAGGACAUGGUUACUGUGAAGAGAUUUCAGAAAACAUUACAUGUGGAAGAAAUCAUCCCAAAUGUCAUUGAGCCCUCGUUUGGCAUUGGAAGGAUCAUGUACACAGUGUUUGAGCACACAUUCCGCAUCCGGGAAGGAGACGAGCAGAGAACGUAUUUCAGCUUCCCAGCUGUUGUAGCACCGUUCAAGUGCUCCGUUCUUCCUCUGAGCCAGAAUCAGGAAUUCAUGCCUUUUGUCAAGGAAUUAUCCGAAGCACUGACCAGGAACGGCAUCUCCCACAAGGUGGACGACGCGGCGGGGUCCAUCGGCCGGCGCUACGCCCGCACGGACGAGAUCGGCAUCGCCUUCGGCAUCACCAUCGACUUCGACACCGUGAACCGCAGCCCGCACACGGCCACGCUGCGCGACCGCGACUCCAUGCGCCAGAUCCGCGCCGAGAUCUCUGAACUUCCUGCCAUCAUCCGAGACCUGGCCAACGGUUAUCUCACCUGGGCUGAUGUUGAGGCAAAGUAUCCACAAUUUGAGGGACAAGAGACUGGCAAAAAGGACACAAUAGAGGAAUAAAGAAAAGGACCUGAAGUAAAAUCCUGUCAAAAUGUCCACUUUUUACUGUUCAUGUUAAUAUGAAAUAAACUUACCGUGUAUUAUUCAGAGCUGCAUUCCUCGUGCACACAGGGAAUAUUUGGGUAUUUUUUUCUUUUCCUCGAUUGCUGACCAGAUUUAACUUUAAAAACUGAAAUAAUUGCAGCCUGAGCUGAAGGUGUUACAAAUAAAUCCACCAUUGUGUAUGCCUGCC